GGCUUAGUUGACCAAAAAAAUCUCACUUCUUUUUUUGACAAACUAAAGAAUUGAACACUAAACCCUAAUUGUACACAUUUUCAUUCAUAUCGUAGCCACCGCCUUCUGAGUUCCCGCCACCAUCACCGGUCCAUUUUCCGACCUCCGUCUCAUCUCGUUACACCACCGAUUGAUUGUCAGAGAUGGAGCACGGUUCAUACUCUGAUCAGAGUAAAUCAACGUUUUCUCUGACGGAUGAGGAUCACACUUUUGCUAAUUCUGUUAGAUUCACCUUGAAUCAAGAUCCAAGAGUGACAUUUUGUGGGUACAGCAUUCCUCAUCCUUCAGAAAAUCGCGUUAAUGUUAGAGUCCAGACAACUGGGGAUCCAGCAUGUGAGGUAUUAAAAGAUAGUUGUCAGGAUUUGAUGCUUAUGUGCCAGCAUGUAAGGAGCACUUUUGGGAAGGCAGUUAAUGAAUUUAAAGCUAUCAAGAAUGUGGAUGAUAUGGAUAUGAACUAGUGUGCUAGUUAUAGUUUUAAUUUUGUAUUACUUUGUAUUAUUUGAACAUCAAAAUUAAAACAUUGGCAUGUGUUUAUUUAUCUUACUUUUUAUCUUCUACAGUUUAGUGCAUGUGAACAUGGCAGAACCACGUUCCAAAUCACGGUGGUUCUAAAAAUCUCCCUUUAGAACCUCUUUUUUUCUUUUUCAA